UUGUUGUUUUUUUUAUUGUUAGGACGUGACGUGUAACUUCCGCGUAACAGGUUGUUAUGUGACACUUGAUCGUGCGCUUGUGGCCAGAGAGCUCUGAUACCGCAGCUGGCCAUAGUCCACACUGAACCAUGAGCUGUAGAUCUACCUAGUGUAGCCUUUUAUUCAACUUUUUUCCCAACAAAGCAACUUAAACUAGGCAAUACGCAUAGGUGUCUUACAAAAUAAAAAUAACAAUAGGCUUUGGGCUCUUAGUAUAGGCCUACUUUCUGUGGCAACAUGUCAAACUUGGACAGUAACCCUUUCGCCGACCAGGAUAUAAACAACCCAUUUCAGGAUCCGUCAGUGACUCAAGCAAGGCACACAGUUCCUCCAGCAUUAGAGGAGUACAACCCGUUCACAGAUGGCAAAUCGGGUCCAGCAGGUGUGGCAGCUAGGACUGCAGCCUCCACCUUUAACACACAACCAGCCAUCAUGAAAGCCACUGAAGAUCCUCCAGCAUACUCACAGGGCCAACCACAGGGAGCCAAUGAACUGCUCAAAAGGCAAGAGGAGCUUGAGCGCAAGGCUGCUGAGCUGGACCGCCGCGAGAGAGAGAUGCAGUCGCUCAGCGCUUCAGGAGGCAGGAGAAAUAAUUGGCCACCUCUCCCAGAGAAGUUCCCUGUGGGUCCAUGUUUCUACCAUGACAUCACAGUAGACAUCCCUGUAGAGUUCCAGAAAACUGUCAAGAUUAUGUACUAUCUUUGGAUGAUUCAUGCUGGCACUCUUUUUGCAAAUGUGAUUGGAUGCUUGGCCUGGUUUUGUGUGAGCUAUUCACGCGGAGGGGACUUUGGCUUGUCCAUCCUUUGGUUCUUAAUGUUUACUCCCUGCUCAUUUGUCUGUUGGUAUCGUCCUCUUUAUGGAGCUUUCAGGAGUGAUAGCUCGUUUAGGUUUUUUAUUUUCUUCUUUGUCUACGUUUGUCAAGUCGGUGUGUAUGUUCUACAGACUAUAGGCUUCCCUGGCUGGGGCACAAGUGGUUGGAUUUCCGCUCUUACAUGCCUAAAUACAAACAUUCCUGUGGGUAUUCUCAUGAUACUUAUAGCUGCCCUCUUCACGUCGCUAGCUGUCAUGUCUCUCUUCAUGUUCAAAAAGGUCCAUGCAAUGUACCGGACCACUGGAGCUAGCUUUGAGAAGGCACAACAGGAGUUUGCCACUGGUGUCAUGUCCAACAAGAAUGUUCAAACGGCCGCUGCUAAAGCUGCAUCUCAGGCUGCGUCUCAGGCUGCACAGGAGACCUUCAGGGAGCAGGUCUGAUCUGUUCCAAAAGCCCUCUGGCUUUAACCCGGCAGCAGCAGCAGCAGCCUCUAGCCUUCACUGAGCCAAAUGUCCUGCUCACAGUAUUUUCCAGCCCUCUGGGUUUAAAUGGGGGCACUACAGUUGGUAUGUAGCAUCUUGCCUAAUGUAUACCCUCAGAAACUAUUAGCUGGAAGCCUUUACACAGGGCUAUGGUUCUGUUUUACCAUAUCUGCCUUGGCAUCACUGUUCGCACUCGGGGAGUCAGCACUGGUACUGCACUUUGCCCACAUUACCACCUUCCUAUUCUGUGUGUGUAUAUUUCUGAGUGUUCUUUAAAUACUGUGGUUGAACAAUGUUUAAAAUGAAGAUUAGAAAAAAAAUAUUUUUUAUUUAUAUUGAAGAGGCGACUACUAAUACAUGAUAUUAUAUUAAAAUAAUCUUCCAUUUCAGAUUCUCUUUUUUUCUAAACCUCAAAAUUAAAAUGUGUGAAUGUGAAACUGUAAUUUCACUUCCCCAUGAAGAACAGUAAGGUAUUUAUAUGCUGGUUAACAGGUCCUUCUUCAAAAUGAGACUUUAAGUCUCCAGAGGCUAAUCUGCAUAAAUAAAGGAAUAUUAAAUGUUACAAACCGAUUUUAAGCAUGCAAUUUAUUGGAUCAUAACUGAAAUAAUUCUUUAUGCUGUAGUCAUAAUGUUUCUGAUCUUUGUGUGGAAACAGAAGAAAUACGUUAUAGUGUAUAGAUUUUGUACAAAUACCAGCUAUUCUCUCCCAUGUAUUGUACAUGUAUUGUAUCUAGCUCAUGCUCAAUAGUUUUGUAUAUUUAUUGCAUCCAAACUGAAUAAAAGGAAUUCUGCAAUUA